GCAGCCAGCGCCAAGUGCGGCGGAGGAUCCGCGAGAGUCCGAUAAUCAGUGCAAUCGGAGCAGAGAGAGAGAGAGAGAGGUUUAAUCGAGCGGAAGCCAUGGCCUCAGCAGUGGAAGUGCCACAGAAUGUGGUUGUUCGCGUGGCUAACUUGCCAUUCCUCAGCACUGCCUAUGAUAAGAUGACAUCUGUAUACAACAGCACAAAGGAGAAUCACCCCUAUCUGAAGUCUUUGUGUGAAGUUGCAGAGAAAAGUGUGACUGUCAUUUCAUCCGUAGCCAUCACCAGUGCUACACCAAUACUUCAUAAACUGGAACCACAAAUUGCAUUUGCAAAUGGUUAUGCCUGCAAAGGGCUAGACAGAAUCGAAAAGAAGUUACCUUUUCUCCACCAACCGACUGACCAGGUUGUUGCUAAGGCAAAGGAAAUUGUAACACAUACUGUUACUGGUACCAGGGAGACUGUAGCAAGUAAAAUUACUGGGGUAGUGGACAAGACAAAAGACACUGUCCAUGAGAGUUUUGAAAUGACCAAAGCUGUAGUGAAUGGCAGCAUGAACCAAGUACUUGAAUCACGUAUGGGUAAAGCAUUGAGCAGUGGAGUAAAUUCAGCAUUGAUCACUUCUGAAUUACUUGUGGAUCACUAUCUCCCUCUGACUGAUGAUGAGCAAGCUAAAGAAGAAGAGAACAAGGGAACUGAUGAAUUUGAAAUUGAUCCUCUGAAACGGAGUUAUUUUGAGAGGCUGGGAUCACUUUCGACCAAAGUACGACAGCGAACAUAUCAGCAGGCCAUGGUCAAAGUUCACAAUGCUAAGCAACGUGGUCAAGAGGCCAUUUCUCAACUGCACCAUACUAUUGAUCUAAUAGAGUAUGCCAGGGAAAAUAUGGGUACAGCAAAUAAAAAAAUCCAUGAUGCCCAGGAUAGGCUAUACCAGACAUGGAUAGAAUGGAGGAAGUCUAAUUUGGAAUAUGAAGACAAUGAAUCUUCUGCUGCAGAGCAAGUUGAAUCACGUACACUGGCCAUUGCUCGGAAUCUGAGCCAACAAUUGCAGACAACCUGUGUUGUGCUAGUGAGCAGUGUUUGGGAUUUACCACAGAAUGUUCACGAACAGGUCCAGUACAUAAAUCUUCUGGCAAGGGAGAUGUAUUCCACAUUCAAGUCUAAAACAUCCUUCAGAGAACUUUCUAGCCAGAUCCUCUCCACAAGCAAGGAUCAACUCACAAAGAUGAAGGACUCACUGGAUGGAGUGAUGGAUUAUUUGGUGAAUAACACACCUCUGAAUUGGCUGGUGGGUCCCUUUUACCCGCAACUGACUGCGUCCCAACAAGAAGGGGAGACUGAGACCAUGGAAGGGAUACCGUCUGAGCAGGUGCACACUUGUCAUGAUGCUUGAUCAUCCUUUGUUUGUUGUAGCAUCUAUUUCUGUUUAACCACCUUCUCUCCAUGGAAGUUUCCUUUUCUUGUCUUUUGGGAAAGGGAUAAAAUACAAAUCCAGAUCUGAGGAGUGGCUUUUCACUUUCUUUUGGUGCUUUCUUUUAAAAUUUGUUUCAUUUCAUAUGUACUUAAUAAAUCCUUGAGCAAC